AUGCGGGCGUGGGCUGCAGAUUCGGUUGCGAUGGAGACCGUGUCCCUGGAGCACCAGAUCCAGAGUGUGCAGAGGCACAUCGCCUUCCUGAAGAAGGAGCAGAUGGAGCUGCUCCACGGCCUGCACCUGGAGAUCCUCCGCCUGCAGAAGCACUGCUCAGAGCUGACCCACGACCUGGAGAUGAAGGAGCUGGAGGCCCGCCAGCAAGACGCGCUGGACCGGGAGCUGGAGGAGAAGUGCCGAGCGAUGGAGGCUCAGCUGCAGGAGAAGGAGAAGGACAACCUGGAGCUGCGCAAGGAGCUGCGACACAAGGAGACUCUGGUGGCCGCGCUGCGCUCCAGCCUCCGCAGCAAGGAGCGGCGCUUCCUGGAGGAGCUGAAGCGGCGCAGCCACCGAGUCACCAUCCUCGACACGGAGCUGCAGAAGCAGACGGAAGCGGCCGCCUACCUCUCCCUGCAGCUGCACGCCACCUGCCAGCGCCUGCCGGGCCCCCGCAGCGGCGGGCGGCCGGCCCCCGUGCAGCCCCCGGCCGAGGGCGGGCCGCCGCGCCGCGGCCACAGGGUACAUCCACGGCGCCCGGCCGGGGUCGGCGCCCGGCCCGGGGACCCCGCGCGCGAGGAGCACGACGCCAUGCCCGACCCGGCCCUCUUCCUCUACGCGGCGCGGCCGCCCGCCCCGCAGCGCCAGUCACCGCUGGAUCCCCCCGCCGAGCCCCGGGGCGCUGCCGCGGCCCCCCGGGCGCAACGGCUGCCCCAGCCGCCGCCGCAGGAGCCCGUAGCCGGGGCUCGACCAGCCAAGGGCGAGGCCGGCAAGCGGCCGGGGCCCGGGCCACGCGGUGCCCGCGCCCGGGAGUAAGCAUGGAGGCGGGCGCGGCCCGAGCGGCUGGGAAGGCGCUGACCCUGGAGCACCGUGCCGAGCGGCAGCCGACGUCGCCGUCCCCCGGGAAGGGGGGGGGAAAGCGGCGCUCUGCUCUCAGCCCGCGCUGCGCCCGCAGGGCUGGACCGUGCAGAGCGUGCUGGGGCAGCGCUGUGCGAGGCGUGCCGAGGGGCAACGAGGGAACGAGGCUGGGACGAGGCUGCCGCAGGGCUCCCCCAGCUUGAAAGGUGCCCGUCUGCGGCACCCGGCGCCGCUCCCCGCCGGAGCGCGGCUGCGACCCGCAUCGCCCGCACGGGGUGUCCGCGCGCCGGCGCCGUAUUCCUCACUGGCACCGACAGCCGGCUGCUGUUUUCUCACCACAGACUAAAAUCAUGUCAGCGAGCCACUGGCAAAGCGGGAUCUGGUGCACUGCCACCCACAGGGCAGAGCUGGCCACAGCGCAGCCCCAUCAGGGGCAAAGGCUGCAGAUGACGCUUUGCCUGCAGUGUCCGAACUAUUGGAGCCCACCUCCCUCGCGCGCAGUUCAAACCCCUGGAAAAGCAUCGCCCUUCCUCUGAACCAUCACUUGCCUCCAGCCCGCAAAGUGCCCACGCAGCCAGAGGUCUCUAUUUUUGUAGCUCGGUGUUUAUACCUUACAACGCUUUUAGGAGACUCUCAGUCACAGUCCCAAGCCAGCUCUCCAGACGGUGAAAUCAAACCCCAGAGUGUGAUCAGCUCUGCAGGAGGCGAGCAGCUUUCAUGCUGCCCUUUGGCUGUGAUGGGCACUCAAUGGGAGAAGUGUCCAACUCAGGUGGCAGGGCCCCCCGCGCCGCCAGUGCUGCCCCAGUGGCGUCUGGCUGUGCUCCCAGAAGGACACUGCAUGGCGGCAGGUGAGGCACAACCUGGCAUCUCAUGGGUGAAGCCCCUCCCGGCCUUGGGACAGGGCUGCUCUUCCCGGGCUCUGAGUGCUUUUGCUGAGAGCACGUCCCGAUGUUCUUUUAAUGUGAGAGAGGGUAAAACAUCUCUGUGCGUCCCUGUGCUGUGAUUUGCACAGCUCGCUCCCCCUCGUUCCUAGACAAUCCUGAUACACAGAGCGUGUCGCAUUUUUAUUAUAAAGCUACUGAUAAAAUCAUAUUGUUCAUGACCAACCUGAGCAUUAAAAAGGGGAGGGCGUGUAGGUACCCCCCUGUUCUCUGUAAAUAUCUUCCUAACAAUCAGCAUUUUUAGUGCCUAGUAUGUAAAUGAAGCAACCCUGUGGGAGCUGCAGGACCCUUCCCCCUUCUCAGCCAUCAGCUAUGAGCUCGAGGGGCACAUCCCAUCUCAGUGCCUCGUGGCUUCUGCCCACCCCAUGGCAGCCUGAAUGGGCAGGGAGGCAGCAGAGCCAUGAGAGUCUGGAGCCCUGAGCUGGGUAGGGCCGGUUUCAUGCACUGCACUGCGGUCACUGCUGCUCCUGAAGGGGGGAAGCUCUAGAGUACAAUAUAUAUGCACUUAUAUAUAUGUAUACACAUAACGCACUUGCUUUGAAGGGAAAACACUGUAUGAUUGUAAUAGAAAUGAUGUUGAAAUAAAUUAUUUUAAUCUUUGUAUUUAUAUAAAA